CGGAGGGGGCGAGUCUUACUUGGAACAAUCUUCACGUUCUGCACAUGCUCAGAGGCACAGUGCACCCCUCCCUUUCCCUGAACUUUUUUAUUUUUUUCCCUUGCCCAGGACUAUUCCCUGGCAUUGGACACAGUUUCUAGGUGAGGUAAGCUAAAGGCGGAGCACCCGAGAAGAAGGAGGCGGAGGAAGAAGAGGAGAGAAGACACGCAGCGGCGGCGGCGGUGCUGGCUUGUUCCAGCAGGUGGAGCCGUCCAGUUUCUCCCCGCCGGGCAGGAGGGGGCUGCCGGGGACGAGGAGACACAAUCGCCGCCGCUGCCGCCGCCGCGUAACCGGAUCCUGCACAGCCAGUGCGCCCGACUUGCCGCCGAGGCUCCUCCGGGCGCGCCAUGGCCGGGUAGCGGGGAGCCGGUGGGGGCGGCCACAAUGCUGCGGGCGCCGGCCCUGGCGAUGCGCUUCGCCCUCCUCCUGCCGCUGCUCGUCGGCCCCGGCUGGCCGGCUCGCGGCAAGGCGCAGCCCGGGGAGCCUCCCAGCCCGCAGGAGGUGGUCAUCAAGGUCCAGGUCUAUGAGAACGGCGACCUGUCCCCAUUGCCUCAGGCAGCCGUGGAAGUGUAUGGCAACCAGACAUCUCUGGCUUCAGGCGCCACCGACCAUGAGGGUGUCGGCCUGCUCCCCAUCAGCUACCGCCUGGGCACCUGGGUCAUCGUCACAGCCUCCAAGCGUGGUUUUGUUACAAACUCUGUUCCUUGGCGCGUCAACAAGCUGCCACUCUAUGCCUCCGUCAGCCUCUAUCUGCUCCCCGAGCGCCCUGCAACACUCAUCCUCUAUGAUGACCUGGUACAGAUCCUCCUCGGCUCUCCAGGGGCCAAGAGCCAGCCGUGGGCUCAGUUCCAGCGCAAAUCCGCCCGCCUGCCCCGCAGCUCCACCUACAGCCAACUCUCGGCCUCCCUGACCGCCGCCAGUAGUGGGCCGGAUAUGAGGGGCUUCCCAUCUUUCAUCGGGGCUGAAAGCAACGGCAGCGGUAAGGGGACUGGGCCCAGAUCCUGGGUGAAAAAUGCCAACAGCACAUGGCUGGAGCUGGUCCCCAUCGUCGCUGUCAGCGUCCACCUCUUCACUGGCAACGGGACAGAAAUCCAGCUCUCUGGCUCCGUCCACCUCUCUAUCCCGCUGCCACCUGAUACCGCCGCUGCAGCAGCCACCAGUGUGCCGGCCUGGCGCUUUGACCUCAAGAGCGGUCUCUGGAUUCGGAAUGGGACGGGCCUCAUCCGCAAGGAAGGGAACCAGCUUUACUGGACGUUUGUCUCCCCACAGCUGGGCUAUUGGGCAGCUGCCAUGCUGUCUCCAACAACGGGGCUGUCCAGUGCAGUUGGAGGCAUAAAGGAUAUUGCCACCUACCACACAAUUUUCUUGCUCACCAUCCUGGGUGCCCUGGCAUUGCUGGUCCUCAUCCUGCUCUGCCUGCUUAUCUACUACUGCAGGAGGCUGUGCCUGAAGCCACGUCAACAACACAGAAAGCUCCAGCUCUCUGGGGCGCUGGAUGCCUCCAAGAAAGACCAGGCCACCUCCAUGUCCCAGAUCAACCUCAUCUGCACGAGCCACCUGGAGACGGCCUCUUCCAACGGGGACACAGACGUACACACGCCCAUCCUCAAGUCGGCUUUCUCCUCCUCCCGGGAGUUCGAGAGCUCCCGGGAAGAGUUCUUCAAGCAAGUGGCCAACCAGAAAGCCCGCCACGCCAGCAAGGCCUCCAUGGCGGACACUCUGAGCCAGCGGGGGGCUCUUAAGGAUGGCUACCCUCAAGUGGCGGAGGGCUACUCCCUUAAGGCGGCCCGCUCCAUGGAUGUGCCUGGUGCCCUGGAGCCCCCUCUCCUGGAGGACUACAAGCGUGGCUAUUCCCACCAGCGCACCGAGGACAAGAGCAAGCAGGCGCGCCACGACAGCAAGGGCUACCCGCAGGAGCCCCCGUCCCCGCCGCCUCCCUUCGACCAUUACGUGGGCCACAAAGGGGAGCCCAAGCCGCCCGAGUUCAUGAUGUCGCAGUCCGUGGACCACCUGGCUCGCCCCACCUCCCUGAGCCAGCCCGGGCAGCUCAUCUUCUGCGGCUCCAUCGACCACAUGAAGGAUUCCAUGUACCGGAACGUGAUGCCGACGCUCGUCAUCCCAGCCCACUACAUGCGCCUGGCUCCCUCGGACCAGCCUGCGGGGGGUUCCGAGAGCCAGCCGGACCUGGACCCGGGUGGCAUGGGGAUCCCUCACCAGUUCGUGGCCGGGGAGCAGCAGAGGCAGCAGCCAUCAUUCCUGCAGCAGCAGCUGCAGCACCCGCAGUUCCAGAUGCAGCAGCACCCGGGGGAAGAGGCUGAGGGGAAAGGCUGGGGCCCCCACACACAGUCCGUCAGCGGCUCCGUCACCAUCCCGGUGCUGCUGAAUGAAUCCACUAUGGCCCAGCUGAAUGGGGAGCUGCAAGCCUUGACGGAGAAGAAGCUGCUGGAGCUGGGUGUGAAGCAGCACCCUCGCGCCUGGUUUGUGUCCCUGGACGGGCGAUCCUCCCAAGUCCGCCACUCAUACAUAGACCUCCAGGGCAACGAGAGGAGCCGCAGCAACGACGCCAGCCUGGACUCUGGGGUGGAUGUCAACGAGGCCAAGCCCCCCAAGAGGCUGAAGGAGGAGCGCCUGGCGCCGCCCUCUAUGGGUCCUGCAUACUCCAAGCUGGUCUUUGCAGACGCCGACACAGAGCCGAGCAGCAGCGAGAGCCGCACCGCCAUCUGCUCCCCCGAGGACAACUCCCUGACGCCUCUCCUGGAUGAGAACGCCGACCACCGGGCGGCCACUAUCCCCCGUCGUGGGCGCAGCCGCGGAAACAGCUCCCGCAGCAGCAACAGCAACAGCGAGCUGCGCCGCGACUCCAUGACUAGCCCGGAGGAUGACAGCAACGAGCCCUCGGAAGGGACGGACGACCAGGGAGACAAGAAGAGCCCCUGGCAGAAACGCGAAGAGCGCCCCCUCAUGGUCUUCAACGUGAAGUAGCGGGCGGAAGUGUGCGUGCGAGGAGGCGGGCGGGGGGGAUGGGUCGCUCUCGUUGCACAGUUGGGGGAGGGGAGCGGAGAUCGCCCGGACCACAGAGGUCCGGCUGCCCGACCGCAAUCUUGGUGCCACUUCCUGCCCUCUCCAUCUUGUCAAAUGCUUGGUGGAACAGGAAUCCCCCCAGACUUUUGACAGGACAGACUGAUGGAGCGAGAGGCGGCUUGCGGCCAAGCUGUACUCUGUGUUCUUUUUCCCAGCAUGCCCCGCAACCACCCGAUAAGUUUGCCUUGCCCAAGGCAGGUUAAGAAGUGCUGCACCAACGGGCUGAGCGAGUUGGGCGUCUUACCCUUUUCCACCAACACCAGCCACUGUGAGCCAGGCAGCAACGUGGGGCACAAGAACUGCCGUGUGUGUGUGUGCCCACCUGUGGGACAAAGCAAGUUUCGCUGCUCUGAGAGACCCUCUGCCAGAUCCCAGGAGGCGGACAUGGCCUUCUUCUGUGUGGCUCCUGUUCCAAGAGCCCCUUAUCACCACCUAGUCUUGGCACGGCCAGAACUAGUGUUGGCUCCUGACAUUACUGGGAGUGGAGGUGAACUGGAAGGCGUUACUGGGGCUCUUCACACACACCCUUUUCCUUGGGGGCGGGGUGGGCAAUUCGUACAAUUCCUUUUUUAAAAAAUUCUGUCCUGUGGAUUUUCCAAGCCGUAGCAUGGUUUGGUUUGGGGGGGGGGGGUCGGUCAAGUGCCCAAAAGCUCUAGGCUGAUGCCCAGCAUUGCCUGUCGUGCCUCAGUGCCCCCCCCCAACAACCUGGGCGACAGUACCACGGACAAGUGCAGUGGGUUUGGGGAGUGGGGGCACCCGUGUGGCAACUGUACAUAUGUGUGUGCAUGCGUGUAUGUCAGGGGGCAGGUGGGAGCCUAAGCCACGGCGUGCGUGUGGGUAAGGGUGUGUGGCGGCCGACCUCGCUGCCAAACAAACUCCCUCGCGGAGUCACUUUUGUGCGCCCCCCAUCUCCCCACCCCACCCCUUUGUGCCUGCAACUCCUUGGUCUCCUCCAAGUGCCUUCUGGCCCCAAACCUCUCCCCACCACCACCGCAUCCCCUCCCCACCCAGGCAGCUGUGAAUGAAACCUUGGGUGUCCACAGAAGGGUACUGCAUAUGAACCAUCUGCUCAAAUCUUCCUUUCACUCUAAUCCCUCUUCUCUCCUGCCAGGGAGCGCUUGGGGAUGUGGCGAGGCAAGGGGGGAGGAGUGCAGAAGGAAAAAGUCACCCUCGGCCUCUCUCGCAAGCCCAGCUGCCAACUGACUUAAGCCGUCAGCGGAGACAGCCUGGGCAGCUGCCCCGUCCAGCAGCACGGCAGCACCGGUGACCAAUCUCCCAGAUAAAAGAGCAGGACCAAAUUGGGGUGUUUGUGUGUACCGAUGGAGGGGUGUGUGUAUAUGUGUGUGUGUCUUACAUCGUCAAUGGAGGGGAGUGUUUGUAUCAUGCUUUAUAUAUUUGGAGGAGGGGGAAUACGUAGCGUGUGCCUCCUCAGCAGCCCCCCAGCACCACAUCGGUGGAGGCCUCGUGGACCACUGGAGGGUAUGGGAUGGUUUUAUUGGGGGAAGAGAUAGAAGAACCACUAGCCUGAGGCUUUGUCAGCGAA